CUCCCCAAAGUUUGCAGCUUUGCGCCGCGGGACGGGGCGCGAAGGGCAAACCCCGUCCGGAGGCGAAGUGGGGCCGCCGGGCGCGGGGCACUGCCCUCCUCGGGAAGCAGCCUGGACCUUCUCAGCCCUGCCCAGCGUGGAUGCAGAGGGACUGAACCCCAGGACCCAGAAGCCAGCUAUCACCCCGACCCCCUGGGCCCCUUCUCUCGGCUCCUCUGCCACAGCCUGACCAAUGUCCACGAGGGAGCAGCCCCUCUUCAGCACCCGGGCCCAUGUCUUCCAAAUCGACCCAGCAACUAAACGGAAUUGGAUCCCCGCCGGCAAGCACGCCCUCACGGUCUCCUACUUCUAUGAUGCCACCCGGAAUGUGUACCGGAUCAUCAGCGUGGGGGGGACCAAGGCCAUCAUCAACAGCACAGUCACCCCCAACAUGACCUUUACCAAGACUUCCCAAAAGUUCGGGCAGUGGGCGGACAGUCGGGCCAAUACCGUCUAUGGGCUGGGUUUUGCUUCUGAGCAGCAUCUGUCCCAGUUUGCAGAGAAGUUCCAGGAGGUGAAGGAGGCCGCCCGGCUGGCCCGGGAGAAGUCUCAGGAUGGCGGAGAGCUCACCACCCCAGCCCUUGGCCUCUCCUCCCACCAGGUACCCCCAAGCCCCUUGAUUGGCACCAACGGCCCCGGGGAUGAGAAGCUGUUCCGAAGCCAGAGUGCCGACGGGCCUGGCCCUGCGGAAAGGGAAAGGCUCAAAAAGAUGCUGUCGGAGGGCUCGGUGGGCGAGGUGCAGUGGGAAGCCGAGUUCUUCACCCUUCAGGACAAUAACAACAAGCUGGUGGCCGCCCUGCGAGAGGCCAAUGCCAGUGUGGAGCGGUGGAAGGAGCAGCUGGAGGCCUACCAGGAGGAGACGGAGCGGCUUCGGCUGCGGGUGGCCGAGCUCGAGGCCCCGGGGCCCUCCGAGACGCCCAGCGACGGUGGGAAGGAUGGGCUGAGCCAGAGGCUGGAGGAGCUGGAGAUGCUGAUUAAGACCAAGGACGAGGAGAUCCAGAUGUUGAAGAACCAGAAGGGCGGCCUUCGAGAGGCCGAGAGCGAGCGGGAACGGGAAGAGGCGCUCCAGAAACUCCAGGAGCUGGAGAGCAGGUACACGGAGAUGGAGCGGCAGCUUCAGGGCGCCCAGCGCAGCCUGGAGGAGGCCCGGGGGGAGCGGGAGCGGGCCCGGGCCGAGGUGCUCAGGGCCACCGAGCUCCUGGACCUCAAGAUCUGUGAGCUGAGCGAGCUGCGCCAGGGCCUGGCCCGGCUGGCCGACGGCACCCCCUGACCGGCUGGGGCGGCCUCCAAACCUGGCAGCCAGGGGUCUGUGGUGGGUGACGGGGCUUUUGUAGGGGGCGGGAACGUUGGCAGUUUUUUUGGUAGUUUUCUAUUUAAAGCGAUCCUUUCCCCCGACCCGCUCCAGCUCCUGGUGGGAGCCUGGAUUCGGGGAGCUCCGGCCAGGCCCAACUGCCUUCGGGGAUCUGAGUCACAGGAGGAGGGAGUAGAGACUUUUCCCAGACCGGAAGCUGGGUCAGGCGCUGACUCAGCCCCUCAGGCUGGGGCCCCGUCCAGAUGGGGAGGGUUGGGGGGCAGGCAGGCCCCUCCCAGGAAGGGAAGAGGGGCCGGAACCGGCUCUGCCAGCAUCUUCCUACAGCCCCGAAUGCCCUGGAGAGGGGCAUUCCCCUAAAGCUGGCAUGAAGGGGAUGCCCUGAGUGUGAAGAGAGGGGCUGGCCUGCUGCUGGA